CAACUCUUUCUGGUUUUACAGUUGUGGACUGGGAGAGAUCACUUUUUCUUACCUGUUGUGUGAAUUCUGCUUCUCAAAUGUAAGUGAAGGAAAGACCACCGUCCCACCCUACCUGUGAAAGACCUCUUUGAAGAGACACCAGUUGCUGCGGAAACCCAACCAUGCAUCACGGAGAAUUAUUUUUGCUGCUCUGUGUUUUCACUGUUAGAAGUGCCUCAAGAAUUUGCAUCUACCGCCAGCAUAUUCACACGCUAGAAGGAGAGCCUUUCUAUCUGAAGCACUGUGACACAGCUUCAUCUGUGCACAAGAACGAAACAGCCGCCGUAAGAUGGUUCCGAGCCCAUGCUUCCCGUGGAUAUGUAGAGCUGAACACUGAAAGCUCACCCAGAAUUAUUUUGCAUAGUCACUAUUUGGAGUUCUGGCCAGUGGAGCUGGAAGACAAUGGAACAUACUUUUCCCGAGUGGGAAACGAUAGUCAAAAUUGGACCCUAACUGUCAUCAAAAGAAACGAACACAGCUGCUUUUCUGAAAAACUUGUGAUAAACAGAAUCGUGGAAGUCAAGAAAUCUUUUCUUAUAAGAUGUGAAAAUCCUAACUACAAAGAAAUGAUCAAUGACACUUCAUUGUAUAAGAACUGUAAGGAAAUAGUCAAGCCCCCAAAGAUCCAGAAGGAUGCUGAGUUUGAAGAUGAGGGUUAUUACUCUUGCGUGCUUUCUGUCCACCAUAAUGGGAAACAGUACAACAUCACCAAGACCUACAAUAUAACCGUUAUCGAAGGGAACAAUAAGAUCACUCCAGCUAUUUUGGGACGAAAGUUUGACACUGUUGAAGUAGACCUAGGAGAAGAGGUGGAACUUAACUGCACCGCUUUACUGAAUAAAAACGACCUGUUUUAUUGGAGCAUCAGGAAAGAAGACAGGUCAAACCCUAAUGUGCACGAAGACACGAACAUGACUACCUGGACUUCUGAGGGCAAACUACAUGCCUUUAAAAAACUGAGAAUUCGGAAUGUUGCUGAAACGAAUCUUAAUGUUUUAUACAAUUGCACAGUGACCAACGAGGAAGCCACAGACACCAAAAGCUUCAUCACUCUGAGGAAAAUGGCUGACAUCCCGAGCCAUGUCUUUAUGAGAGGAAUCAUUGUGGCAGUGUUCAUCUCUGCGGCAGUAGUGUGUGUGGUGAUUUUGUGUGUCAUUUAUAAAGUCGACUUGGUUCUGUUCUAUAGACGCUUGGUGGAAAGAGACGAGACGUUAACAGAUGGCAAAACAUAUGACGCCUUUGUGUCCUAUCUGAAAGAGUGUCAGCCUGAGAAUGGAGAAGAGCACACUUUUGCUGUGGAGACAUUACCUGGGGUCCUGGAGAAACAAUUUGGGUAUAAGCUGUGCAUAUUUGAAAGAGAUGUGGUACCCGGUGGAGCUGUUGUUGAUGAGAUCCAGUCACUGAUAGAGAAGAGCCGGAGGCUAAUCAUCGUCCUCAGCAAAAGUUACCUGACCAAUGAAACCAGGCUUGAACUGGAGAGCGGACUCCACGAAGCACUGGUAGAGAGGAAGAUUAAGAUAAUCUUAAUCGAGUUUACUCCAGCCGGCAGCUUCACGUUUCUGCCCCCGUCCCUGAAGCUCCUGAAGCCCUGCAGGGUUCUGAAAUGGCAGGCUGACAAAUCCCUUCCUUACAACUCGAGGUUCUGGAAGAAUCUUCUUUACCUGAUGCCCGCAAAGGCCAUCAAGCCAUGGAGAGACGAAUCCGAAGCUUUGCCCGUUCUUUCAACACCUUGAUCUUCAGCGAGGCUCAGUGUUAGAAGGAAGUGAAGCCCUGCUGAGGGCUGUGUGUGUGCCUAAUCACAGCAGGGGCUGUGGUUCAAAAUAAGUCCUUGAUAAUCCCUCCCACUCCCAGUUAGAAGAUAAGAUUUCUCAUUGGGUUGUCAUAGAGGAAACAGGAGACCUUGGGACACACAAGAAAUCAGUCUGUUACUCUUUCUUUCCCCUAGAGCAGUGGUUCUCAACCUGUGGGUCGCGAACCCUUUAGCAAACCUCUAUGUUCAAAAAUAUUUACAUUAUGGUCCAUAACAGUGGCAAAAUGAGAGUCACAAAGUGGCAUCGAGAAUAAUGUUAUGGUUGGAAGUCACCACAAGAUGAGGAACUGCAUUAAAGGGUUGCAGCUUUGGGAAGGUUGAGAACCACGGCCCUACAGUUAUCUGUACUCUAACCCCACAUUCAGCAAGGGGGUGACAAGACACACAAACUGAAUGAUGCCCCGGAACAAGUUUUGACUACCUCUCAGGGGUACUUAGUUCUCCACCAGGCUUGGGAUGUGGAAGGAGUAGUUGGAAGACCUGUGUGUGGCGCAGGGAGACAAGGUGAGGGGAGGCCGCAGGGACUUGGCUUCAGAAUGAGAUUAUUGCUGCAAGCUGGCAUUUCUUGGAAGCUCAGUGAGAUGUUAGGCAAGAUGUCUUACCUCUUAUUUAGGCCUUUCAUAAGACCUUUGAAAGGGAACCCUAAGCACCUUUGUUUCUUCCAUGUCAGAUAAAAACUCUGUAGGUCUCUCAGGGUUAGUGACCUAAGGCUUUUGUUGGCUUUAUAUAGAUAUUUAUAUGUAGAGUCAUAAAAGCUAACAACGAUAAACAAACAAUGGUUGCUUGUUUUUAUUAGCUGUUUCAAAGGGGAGGGAGUUCAGCACGGAGGGCCGUUGAGUGUAUGGCCUGGCCUGUUAGGCCAAAUUUGAGUGAUGGUCUUGGGUUUUUUGCUUCCUUUGUGAGCUCUGGAAUUUUACCCAACUUCUCAUACCUGAGUUUUCUCAUCUCUAAAAUCGAGUUCAAAGUAAGCACUCCUGCUUCACAAGAGGACUGAAGGCCUCUCUGCAAAUGUGCCUCUUGCUGUUGAUGGCAGUAAGUGCCCUCAAUGAUUUCACAGUGGAGCAAAUGGGAGGCAGAGAUCAGGUGGGAAAACAGGUCUGAGGAGAGAGAAGCUGCUUUGGCUUGAGUAGCAGAUCGAGAGGACACAGUAGAGGCACAGCAAAACAAAACAAAAGAAAAAACAAAGUAAAAAGCCCAAAACACAUAUAAACACGCACACACACACACACACACACACACACACACACACACACACCACCUCUUUGUUGGAAUAUGAAUCUUUUGGGCACUGGGAGACACUUCUGUCUCUCUAAAGGGGGCCAUCACCCUGGGGCCUUCUCCAUGGAUCAAAACAAUGGCUGUCUGUAGGAAUUCCUUGUGUAUGUGUGUGUGUUUACAUGUGUCUGCAUGUGUUUAUAUGUGUAUGUAUAUGUGUGAAUGUGUGUGGAUGCUGACCUUACAUAGGAAGAUCCAGAGAAGAUUCAGGGAAGCCCAAAGUCCUCUGUUUGCAAGCUUGCAAAUGCCUGAGUGCAGCAGGAAUGUUCCAGAAAAGUGUAAAGCAGAGAUUGUUUAGAAUAGAACAUAGGAGAUUUUGAAAGAAAGAAACAAGAAUGGGGGGUUCUCCAGUAAGUUUUGUAGCUCAAGCCUUCAUGUACUAAUUGGCUGAGAA